AUGGCGCGGCGGCUCCCGGGCGGCAGCAGGUGCCGCGGCGGCCCCGCGGCGGCCGCCCCGUCGGGGAGGGCGCUGGUGCCACUGGCGCUGCUGGUGCCGCUGUGGCUGGGCGCGGCGCCGGCCGGCGCGGCGCCGGUGUACAACCUCAGCCUGGCGGUGGACGAGGGGCUGCCGGCGGGGACGCCGGUGGGGGACAUCCGCGCGGGGCUGCCGCCGGGCGCGGCGCAGCCGGGCGGCUUCCUGCUGUCGGAGGGGAGCGGCGAGUCGGCGGUGCUGGCGGACUUCCACGUGCAGACCGACACAGGCAUCAUCCGCACGGCGCGGCGGCUGGACCGGGAGCGCCGGGCGCGCUACAGCUUCGUGGCGGCCACGCUGCGCGGCGAGAUGGUGCAAGUGGACAUCGCGGUCACCGACGUGAACGACCACCCGCCGCGCUUCCCGCGGGACUGGCUGCAGCUCAACAUCUCCGAGCUCACCCCGCCCGGCGCCGCCUUCCGCCUCCCGGGCGCCCGCGACCCCGACGCCGGCCGCUUCGGCACCCAGGGCUACACGCUGCUGGCGGAGGGCGGCGCCGCGGAGGAGCCGCCGCUCUUCCAGCUGCGCUACGGCCGGCCGGUGCCGGGCGCCGCGCCGGAGCCGCUGGAGCUGGUGCUGCUGCGGCGCCUCGACCGGGAGCGGGCGGACGCGCACCGGCUGGUGGUGGAGGCGUGGGACGGCGGCAGCCCGCGGCGCCGCGCCCGCCUGCGCGUGGCGGUGCGGGUGCUGGACGAGAACGACAACGCGCCCGCCUUCGGCCAGGCCGAGUACCGGGCGCGGCUGCGGGAGGACGCGCCGGCGGGCACCGCCGUGUGCCGCCUGCGGGCCACCGACCCCGACCUGGGCGCCAACGGCGAGGUGCGCUACGCCAUCAACCGCCGCCAGAGCGACCCCGACGGCUACUUCGCGGUGGAGGAGCGCAGCGGCGUGCUGCGGCUCCGCCGCCCGCUGGACCGCGAGGCGCGGGCCCUCCACCGCCUCGUCGUGGAGGCGCGGGACGGCGGCGCCCAGCCCGAGGUCUCCAGCGCCCUCGUCUCCGUGGCCGUGCUGGACGUGAACGACAACCGCCCCGCCAUCCGCCUGCUCUUCCUCACCGAGAGCGGCGGCCCGCGGGUCUCCGAGGGCGCGCGGCCCGGAGACUACGUGGCCCGCGUCUCCGUCUCGGACGCCGACGAGGGCGGCGAGGCGGGCGGCGGCAUCGCGCUGGCGCUGCGCGGCGGCGAGGGCGCCUUCGCGCUGCGGCCGGCCGGCGCCGGCGUCUUCUUCCUCUGCGUGGCGGGGCCGCUGGACCGCGAGAGCCGCGACCGCUACGAGCUGCGCCUGCUGGCCACGGACGGCGGCGCGCCGCCGCUCUCCGCCGAGGAGCCGCUGCUGCUCCGCGUCGCCGACCUCAACGACGAGGCGCCCGCCUUCCCGCAGCCGCACUACCGCGCCGCCGUCUCCGAGGCCGCCUCGCCCGGCACCGCCGUGCUCCGCCUCAGCGCCUUCGACGCCGACGAGCCGGGCUCCGCCAACGCCGAGGUGCGCUACGCGCUGGAGGGCGACCCCGCCGCCCUGGCGCAGCUGCGCAUCGACGCGCGCAGCGGCGCCGUCAGCACCCGCGGCCGCCUCGACCGCGAGCGGCAGGCGGCGCUGGAGCUGCGCGUGGUGGCGCGCGACGGCGGCCGCCCGCCGCGCGCCGCCUCCUGCCGCCUCAGCGUCCGCGUGGAGGACGCCAACGACAACGAGCCCGUCUUCGAGCGGCAGGUCUACGCCGGGCGCCUGCCCGAGCACGCGGCGCCCGGCCGCUGCCUCCUGCAGGUGAGCGCCGCCGCGGGAGCCCGGGCGAGGCGCCUGGGCGCGCCCCGCCGCUCGGCGCCUCCCGCGUCCGCGGGGCUUCGGGAGGGCGCCGAGCUCGGCGGAGCGCCGGCGGGAGCGGGAGGGAGCAGGCGAGGAGGCUCCUGGUGA